CCUCGAGCUCGUUGUACAUGUAGCAGGAUUUGUGCUACUCGCACACAUUAGCAGUUUUAGUUCUGUGUACACUGGUAUUUAAGUACCAUCCAGAAACUUAUUGUUCCCGGCUCGGGUACUCAGUACUCAUUGACCAAGUUGCAGAGGCCUUCGCACUCUCACAUACGGUACUCGAAAUAGGAUAGGUUAAACCGUUUCAAACUCCAUCGGUGUUCACCAGACAGCAACAGUCGUGUUCACGGCGAGUUCGAUGGCAAAUACGACUGCUGUAGCUGCUACUGCGCUUCGCCAAUUCGCGUUUUUCGAUGUUUACCCUGUGAAGGAUGUCCAUGACCUUGCUAGCUCGCCCGAAAUUUUCAAAACCGCCUCAGAAAUCUCAACUGUCGUCUCCUCUAGUGCUGGACUGCUCGUUGCGGAUAUCCAUGGCAGUGUGCACAUUCUAAACAAGGAAUUUGUAUCAACUACGAGCUGGGUCGCACAUGUCGGAGGACGAGUCACGCACAUGGCAGAGAGGAAGGGUGUCUUGGUGACUAUUGGGGAGGAGGAUGCAGUGCGAGGCAGUUUGUUGAAGAUUUGGGAUCUUGAGAAGACGGACAAGAGAAAUCAAGCACCGGUGUUAUUGAGAUCUGCCAAGGUCCAGCCCAGCAAUAAGCCUCAUCCAGUAUCUUGCUUUGCGCUUUCAUCUGCGCUGUCUUUCCUUGCAAUUGGCUUGGCCGACGGGACGGUGCUACUUUACAGGCACCUGGACCAGUCACUAUCUACCGCAGCGUCCCUGACUGCACUUCCCAAGACGCGCACCAUCCAUGAAUCAUCCCCUGAACCUAUCAUAGGCCUCGGUUUUCGAGAACCUCCCACUAACGCCGAGGCCAAAGAUAACAACUUGCAUCUUUUCAUUGUGACCACAAACUCCGUAUUUUUGUACCAUGUGUCCGGCAAAGGGAGUGGAGGAUCUAGCGUGUUGCUGGACGAUAUUGGAUGUGGAUUGGGAUGUGCGGUGAUGGAUUGGCGUGCUGAGAAGAUCGUGCUCGCGAGAGACGAGGCAGUAUAUGCGUAUGGGUUACAGGGGAGGGAACCGCCAUAUGCGUAUGAAGGUUACAAGUCGUCGAUCCACACCCACCUGAACUAUGUGAUAGUUGUUUCACCGCCGACAACAGUUACAGCGACGUCAACAGCUACGCGAAAGCUUGCGGCGCAAGCGGGAGGCGGUGAUGGGGAUGCGUCGAGGGUGACUGUGUUUGACAUGGAGAACAAAGUAGUUGGAUAUACCGGGAUGUUUGCGGAGGGUGUCAGAGAGGUGAUCUCGGAGUGGGGAAAUAUUUACAUCCUCACGAAUAAUGGGCAGCUGACCCGCCUCGCCGAGAAAUCUACUUCUGCAAAACUCUCCAUGCUGUACGCAAAGGCUCUGUACCCACUUGCACUGAGUCUCGCGCAGACACAACACCUCGAUGAGAGUUACGUGGCUGAUAUUCACCGUCAACACGGUGACUACCUUUACACGAAAGGAGAUUGGGAUGGCUCUAUGACAUGCUACCUGAAAACGAUAGGGUGGGUGAAACCGAGCUAUGUCGUUAGAAAAUUCCUGGACGCUCAGCGUAUACACAAUCUCGUUACCUAUCUGCAAGAGCUGCAUGCCCUUGGUCUAGCAAACGCUGAUCAUACCACCCUUCUGCUAAACACCUACACCAAACUCAAAGAUGUCGCACGCCUGGACAGCUUCAUCAAAACAGAGUCUCGGCGCUCUGGUGCGGGGGAGUCGAAAGGCGGCCUUCCAUUUGACCUUGACACUGCUAUCCGGGUGUGCAGGCAGGCAGGGUACUUUGAUCACGCUAGCUACCUUGCGAAGCGGUACGAGUUGCACGAGGAGUAUUUGAGGGUUAUGAUUGAGGAUGCUGGGAAGUAUGGCGAGGCAUUGACGUAUUUGAGACACUUGGGAGCAGACGCGGCGGAAAGUAACCUCGCAAGGUACGGACGCGCUAUGCUGGACAAUCUCCCAGAGGAGACGACGCAGCUUCUCAUUGAUCUCUGCACUAUUUCUGGACCCCUCACUACGCCAGAAGCAGAAGACACCACUUCGCAACAGUCGAGCACACCGGCAAACGCCCCAUCGUACCUCUCGUACCUUGCUCUCUCCCGUGCACCCGCGCCUGAAGACAAAGUUGAGGAACCCAAAGUGGACGAGGAGGAGGAGCCUGUGGAGCCUCAGACAACGCAGCCCAGCGCACCAACACCAUCCAAAGAAGAAAAACGGCCUUCGCCUACACUCUAUUUCGCACAUUUUGUCGAUCACUCGUCAUAUUUUGUCCGUUUCCUGGAGAAUGUAGCCGCACGUCGGUGGGGACAGUCGCUCUCCCCUCUCCCAUCCCCUCUUCCAAAUCCCAGUUUGGACGAAGAUGAAGACUCGGAGAAGAGCGAUCAGGCAGCCGUUUGGAACACACUGCUUGAGCUCUACCUUGACGGAGGCUCUCAAGAACAACAGGACAAGGCACUUAAAAUCCUGACGAGCGACUCCUUACCGUGCGAUAAGACACAUGCACUGAUUCUUUGCAGCAGCUACAGCUACACUCGAGGUUUGGUCAUACUCUGGGAGAAGCUGGGCAUGUACGAGGACGUUUUACGGUUUUGGAUGGAUAAGCACAACGCAUCACCAUCCGAAUCCUCUGCAUCAACAGAAGUCGUGCAGGCCCUUGCACGAUAUGGCCCAACCCACCCACACCUCUAUGAGCUGGUGCUGCGCUUUUUGACGAGCACGCCGGAGCUGCUCACGCGGCACCAGGGGGAUGUGGAGAAGAUCCUGGAGCAUAUCGAGAAAGAGCGGAUAAUGCCUCCACUUGGUGUGGUCCAGGUAUUGAGUAGGAAUGGAGUAGCGAGCGUUGGACUUGUCAAGAACUGGCUGAUGGGACGCAUCAAAGAAGCAAGGGAUGAAGUGCAGACUGACCAGCAACUGAUCAACUCAUACCGGCUGGAGACGAAUGCGAACUUGAAGCAAGUGGCGGAACUAGAGGACCCGAUGCAUGCAAAGGUCUUUAGUGUCACGCGCUGUUCUCAGUGCAGUGGGCAGCUUGACCUGCCUAGUGUCCACUUUAUGUGCAACCACUCAUAUCACCAGCGGUGCCUGCUGGACCACGAGACCGAAUGCCCGCUUUGUGCGCGCCAACAUGGGGUCAUCCAGGAGAUUCGAAGGAAUAACGAGAGGAUGGCAGAUCAACACGAGCUAUUCCUCGCGGAUGUGCAAGAUAAUGGGUUUAAAGCGGUUGCGAGUGGAUUUGGUAAGGGGGUGUUGAAUAUGACUCGAUUGGACGAUGUUGCUGUAUAACGUGUAUCGUGUCGUUCCAUACUUCUGCCAUAUGAUCUGUGUCUGCUAGGUCUACGAUACCCGAUGAUUGAGUUGGUCCAACACUAAUAUUGACUGUUAUGCUUCGGCUCGUCCUUUCACAAAUGCAACGAUUUUUCUUCAGA